GCAGAGGGUUCAGGCAGCUGGCAAUGGCAUAGAUAAUCAAUCAGCAGCACCAAGACGCUAGCUUGCACCGGCGCGCCGCUUCCGAUCCGGGGAUAAUGACAACUGAGUCGUCGCAUGAUACAACUUGAGAGCUUGUUCACUUACGCAUUUCGCUUUCAACCCAAGCUAUGCCUUCAAGUCUGUCUGUGGAUGUGGAUGAGAUGUUGAUGCUAGCCAAUGGAUGGUUGAAUUCCUGCUGAAGCCGUCCGAAAAGUCCCCCUUUGCGUGUUGGCUGACAUGCGAAAGAAGUCGAUCGCUUUGCCUGCAGCCACACGACAACGUACGCCAAGCAAAAGGAUCCACGCCUCGAAGCCUCUUAGUACGGAAGCCCAUGGAAACCUUCUCCAUCAAGCAGCAAACACAAUGUGAGGCAAGACACGACAAGCAAGAAAUCAAGUUCUUGAUUUACUUGGCUGUGUGUACAUUGGACACCCCUGCAUCUCUUACGCUGUCCUACUCGCCAGUUGACCACAAAUUCCAAGUACUAUCUGAACAUAGGCCGUCAUCAUGGGUCCCUCCCUAUUACGAAUGCUGCUCCCUUGCGUCCGGGGCGGAGAAUACGCCAGACCUGUGGCGCAGCAGCGUAUCGCGCGUAUCUGAUCGCAUUCAGCACCUUACGCACGAGUUGUAUCUGUCAUCCAUCCAACGAUUCUUACUCCGACGAAUCUCGGCCAUACGCUUCUACGUUACGUCUCUGGUCUCGUCAUAACACUCUCAGCCACUUCUGUGCGUAGCAGACCAACUUGAGACACCGCAGGAUCAAGGCCUCCCAUGUUGUGGCUUGUCGCCAACCGUUGAUCUAUCAAUCACACAAUCUCCAUAU